AUAUAACCCGCCGCGGCCCGCCCGCCCGCCUCUAGGCCGCGCCACCGUGCGCCCACGAAGGGGUGCGCGGCGAAGCCAGGGCCGGCGCCGGCCGGCAGGACGCGGAUGCCCGGGGCUCCGACGGCUCCAGAGUGAGCUGCCCUCAGGGCCAGCCUGGGAGAAGAUGGCCCAGUCCUCCUCCCCCUCCCCUGACGAGGGGACCACGUUCGAGCACCUCUGGAGCUCUCUGGAGCCAGACAGCACCUACUUUGACCUUCCCCAGUCAAGCCGGGGGGAUAAUGAAGCCAUGAGCGGUGUGGAGGCCAGCAUGGAUGUCUUCCACCUGCAGGGCAUGACCACAUCUGUCAUGGCCCAGUUCAAUCUGCUCAGCAGCUCCAUGGACCAGAUGAACAGCCGCGCGGCCUCGGCCAGCCCCUACGCCCCGGAGCACGCGGCCAGCGUGCCCACCCACUCGCCUUACGCGCAACCCAGCUCCACCUUCGACGCCAUGUCCCCAGCACCUGUCAUCCCCUCCAACACGGACUACCCCGGCCCCCACCACUUUGAGGUCACUUUCCAACAGUCGAGCACGGCCAAGUCGGCCACCUGGACGUACUCCCCGCUGUUGAAGAAACUCUACUGCCAAAUCGCCAAGACAUGCCCCAUCCAGAUCAAGGUGUCCACACCGCCACCUCCAGGCACCGCUAUCCGGGCCAUGCCUGUCUACAAGAAGGCAGAGCACGUGACCGACAUUGUGAAGCGCUGCCCCAACCAUGAGCUCGGAAGGGACUUCAACGAAGCAGUGACCCCUCCGGCAGGACAGUCUGCCCCAGCCAGCCACCUCAUCCGUGUGGAAGGCAACAACCUCUCCCAGUACGUGGAUGACCCCGUCACUGGCAGACAGAGCGUCGUGGUGCCCUAUGAGCCCCCGCAGGUGGGGACCGAGUUCACCACCAUCCUGUACAACUUCAUGUGCAACAGCAGCUGUGUGGGGGGCAUGAACCGGCGGCCUAUACUCAUCAUCAUCACCCUGGAGACCCGGGAUGGACAGGUAUUGGGCCGCCGGUCCUUCGAGGGCCGCAUCUGUGCCUGUCCCGGACGCGACCGCAAAGCUGACGAGGACCACUACCGUGAGCAGCAAGCCCUGAGCGAGAGCACCGCGAAGAAUGGGGCUGCCAGCAAGCGUGCAUUCAAGCAGAGUCCCCCUGCCAUCCCUGCCCUGGGCGCCAACGUAAAGAAGAGGCGGCACGGGGACGAGGACGUGUACUACAUGCAUGUGCGAGGCCGGCAGAACUUCGAGAUCCUGAUGAAGCUCAAGGAGGGUCUGGAGCUGAUGGAGCUGGUACCGCAGCCGCUGGUCGACUCCUACCGGCAGCAGCAGCAGCAGCUCCUGCAGAGGCCGAGCCACCUGCAGCCUCCGUCCUAUGGGCCCGUCCUCUCGCCCCUCAACAAGGCGCAUGGGGGUGUCAGCAAGCUGCCUUCAGUCAACCAGCUGGUGGGCCAGCCUCCCCCCCACAGCUCGGCCACCGGGCCCAACCUGGGGCCCAUGGGCCCCGGGAUGCUCAACAGCCACGGCCACGGCGUGCCGGCCAGCGGCGAGAUGAACGGUGGCCACAGCUCCCAGUCCAUGGUCUCGGGGUCGCACUGCACUCCACCGCCCCCCUACCAUGCCGACCCCAGCCUUGUCAGUUUUUUAACAGGAUUGGGGUGUCCAAACUGCAUCGAGUAUUUCACCUCCCAAGGGUUACAGAACAUUUACCACCUGCAGAACCUCACGAUCGAGGACCUCGGGGCCCUGAAGAUCCCCGACCAGUACCGCAUGACCAUCUGGAGGGGCCUGCAGGACCUGAAGCAGGGCCACGACUGUGGCGCCCAGCAGCUGCUGCGCUCCAGCAGCAGCGUGGCCAUCGGCGGCGCGGGGGAGCUGCCGCGACAGCGUGUCAUGGAGGCCGUGCACUUCCGCGUGCGCCACACCAUCACCAUCCCUGGCCGCGGUGGCCAGGGCGCCGGCCCCGACGAGUGGGCGGACUUCGGCUUCGACCUGCCCGACUGCAAGGCCCGCAAGCAGCCCAUCAAGGAGGAGCUCACGGACGGCGAGAUCCACUGAGGCCCGCCCGGAGGAGCCUGGGCCGUGCUUCCUCUCCUCCUGCGUGUCAUCGGGAGGCGGGAGCUCUGGCCUGUGUCCAGGGACAGGCCAGGUCUGGUCAUCCUUCCACCUGCACCCGGUGCUACUUCCAAGGGGACGUCGCUGGCCUUCUCAGGCCCUAGGAGAUGCCCUGUCUCUGGAGCCACCAUAGACAGCCUGAAUCACCUGUAGGAAGCUUCUGGAGCUGCCCUGCGGUGUGCUUGCCAGGACCAGGCCCGGCCGGAUGCUGAGCUGAGGCUGGCCUGCACUCUCUGCCUUGUCACUGUCCCGCAUGGGCUGGGAGCGGCAGGUGCAGGGGACAGCAGCCUCAUUUUCCUUAGGGACUCUGCUGUGUCCCCACCGAGCAAGAUCCUUCUGAAUAAAAGGAUUGUCUUUGCUGACAGACUGCCAAAAAGUAUUUCCCAAUGUGUUUUGGUUUGGGGUGGCAGUGAGCAGCCAGGUGACUGUGUCUAAAACACAUUUAUUUUCAGUUUAAUGUCCCAAACUGUGUCCUCGCCCAAGGCGGGGGCCGGGGCUCCCUCUGCUGGACUUGAGGACCCGUCUGUGUCCCUAGCACACUCCACUCUGCAGGGACUGCCUCUUUUCUGCCCAAGACAAAGUUACGAGUUUUGCUGAAUUUGAGAAGAUGGGGCAGGAGGCUGGGCCCCUCCUGGAACGUGCAGAAGCUUCUGGUAUUAGCCUCGGCCAAUGCCCGAGAGCACCACUGGCUGCAGUCGCCUCCCUUCGGUGACCUUAGGGACAGCAUGUUCCUUAGACUACUGGAAAUUGUCAAUACUUGAUAAAACCAUACCCUUUUCUACAUGGCGGGUCAGGUUUGUUUUUUUUUUUAACUUUCAUUCUCAACAUUCCCUUCAAAGUUCAACCAAGUGUCAAAAAGCAGGGCUAAGACAAAGCUGAGUGGCAAACUGUCCCUUGUCCCCAGGAUGGCUGGAUGGGGAAGGAAUCCAGAGAGAGCCGCCGCGGUGGAAGGCAGGGCGAGCCCAUGCCACACCCAGGGCUCAGGCAUGUGGUGAAGUCACAAGUCCUACUCUGCUCCCUGCAGCUACUUUUGCAAGGCAGGGGGUGAGCCGGUGGUUUUGUCUCUCAGUGGAGGCAGCAGUUGGCAGGAACAUAUACCCCUCAGGGCUCAGGGGCCGGGUUCUGUGCUGGCAGCAGCGCUCCCAUCCUGGCAGGGACCACACUGAAGCAGGUGCAGGGGUCCAGGCCUUCAUGAAGCACCCCAAGGCAGUUAGUGGGCUUGGGGAGAUGACUUCUGCACGGGCCCACCUGGUAAGGCUGUUUCCAUCUGCCAGGAACCCCACCAAGCCUCUCUGAGCCUUUGCAGCUGGAGCAUCUACAGUCCCCGAGCACAGCCCCAAGGCAGGGAAUAGGAGCCCAGCACGUGUGGACUGAAGCAAGCCCGUGUUCCAGGCAGGCAGGGUGAUGAACCCGGAUCAACACGGAAGCGGACACAGGCUUGGGUGCAGUUGCCUGGCCCUGGCCCCCUCAGCCUGGGGUAUGUGUGGUGCUAGUUCCUCACGUCUCGCUGUCCUCUCGCCAGUGUCACCCACAGAAGCAGUUAAGACCUUCAACAACAUACCAAAUCAGGAUCGGCUCAGGACCAGGACUUCAUCUUGGAGAGAGGCGAGCAUAAACGUCCUGUCUCUACUUACUGAUAAGCAGCAAUUUGUGUCCACGCAGGUGCCUGUGUCUGCGAUAACGCAGCCACCCUCUGCUCUCUGGACUCGCCCCUGGGUGCCUUUGAGGACACGUAGAUGCCUGGGUGCACCUCUGGGGUGGGGGCAGGCGUCAGGGGCUGUCAGAGCUCCUGGAAGGUUCCAGCUGCCAGCCAGGGCCAAGACCCCAUGGGAUCCUUCUUACCAGCUCCUCCUAACUGUGGGGCAGGCGCUGGCUGUGCAGCUUCUGGGCAGUCCUGUCUCCCCAGAAAUGCACACCAGUGCCCAGUGGUUGGUCACAGCCAUGGUGGCAGCUGACUCAGGGUGACCUGGCAUUCUGCCAGCCCAGCUCCCCCUCACACAGCCCCAGGGUCAGUGUACUCCUGCCAGCUCCCAGAUGGGGAAACCAAGGCCAGAAAGGCUAAGUCCCGGCAAGCAGCGUGCCCAGCGUGGGGGUGGGGUGGGAGCACUGCGCUGCAGCCUGGGCACUUGCUCCUGAGGCCACAUGCUGGAGCCCCCUGGUGCUGCCCCCUUGUUCCAGCUCAGGAGCUGUGGAGGCCCAUCCUUGCCUCCAUGGGGUCCGGGAACCUGGCUGAGAUGCGCUUCAAGUCCAGAGUCUCACGUGGAUUCACGUUUUAGGCACAUUUACUGUCAGUCCUGAGUCCAGUAGGGGCUGUCCCAAGGGUCCCCACCGUGUGUUCCUGGGAAGGGUUAGUGAGGUGGUUGGCAUAGAGCGGGGAGAGGCCCCAAGAGGGUGGCUGUCACUGGAACCCCAGCUAGGCAUCCAAAGGAGGCCCAGAGAAUGUGCUGGAGAAGCGAUCUCCCAGGGGGACUCCAGGCUGCACACCCUCCGCAGACCCUGCAAACCUGUCCGAUGGGCCUGCCUUGUUCUCCUUCCACUGAUGAGGGACGCCUUUGGAGAGAAGCAGCUGUUAGAGCAAACUGAGCAGAAACUUUGCCAUGGUUAGCAGAAGACGGAGAUUGCCAGGAACAAGAAUCCUUUUAGGUUUAAAACUCUUUCAUAAAACUCAAAAAUCAAGAGAAAACAAAUCUUUAGGGCCAAGGACUGCCCAGCAGCGCUGAGGCGGGAGGGCGGUGGGUGGACUGCUCUGCUCUGCUGCAGCCUGAGGGCCGGUGAGGCUGGGGGCUUGUGCUGGGCGAGGACGGAGACGGGCGCCAGCACACAGGCAGCUGGUCUAGGGCAGUGGGUAGGAAUCGGGGACUCGAACUAAUCCUUCCCAUGCCCCUCCCACCCUUAUGCGUUCCACGAAGGACUCUGGCCUGGGCCGCGGGUCCCCCUGCUGAGCCGGCACAGACCCAGUGCCUCACACGUCCACGUUGCACGCCCGCUAACAGCCACCGCUCUGUUGGUCUUGGUUAAAGCACUUUGACGCUUUGAGGUUUAAAAACAAUACCAUCCAUGUUUUUAAUGUAAUAUAGUGCUUCUUCAAGCAGUAUUAAUGGACCUAUUCCAACGAUAUUAACUUUUUUUGGUAAUGUAAUCUUGGGAAAACGUGUUAUUUUUUUAGCUGUGUUUUGGUGGGAACUUUUGUUUUUGUAACACAAUAAAGCACAUGUUCCAAUGA